AUGCAGUUCACCAUUCUUUCUCUUGCCACAUUGGCCUCUUGUGCCGCUGCACAAUUCUGCGGUGUCGUCACCUCUCCCGCUCAGAGCUACAUCCCCUGCGAAUCAGAGCAAUUCCCCGCCAUGGACGCUGCCUGUACCGCCAUUGGAGGUACUGUGUCCGGUCACAACCGAGAAGUCGGCAACCAACUCUCCAACUGCAUCACCUACUGCAACAAUGUCCCCGCCGGUGGACACGACACCAACGGCCUCGCCGGUCGCUGGAACUACCACCUCUACGUUGUCGAUUCGUGCACCAGCUGCGGAUACUGCGGCGGCCAGUAG